AUGCCAUACAUCAUCCAGGCUGGGGACCUCGAACCCCAUCCUCCUCGACUACCUAGCAGCAUCCUGCGCCUUCCGAAGACACAUCCUGUGCGCAGAUUCGAGGAGCACAAGGGUAGGUUAUGGGGGAGGGAAUAUACCUACCUCUGCCUGAUAGGUUUGGUACCUCCAAAGGAGGCAUGUAGGAGUAGGCCUGAUCGUAGGCUUCCUCCAGCUCCACUGCCUCUCGAGCAUCCUCCCGCUGUCUGUGCGCGGCAAUUGUCUCCGCCUCCACUCUCACCAUCGGCGCCGCCACCACCCGGCCCUCCCGCUCAGCCUUCCGCUGUAUCCUCCGCUCUGGGCCCGUUGCCGCCAAGCUUGGAUAUACCUGAGCUCCGACCAGCUCCACUCGUCAUCAUACCCUCUGGCCGAGCAGUGAAGCGCGUCGUGAAAGUGACGGCGGAACCUUCUGACACAGCCUGGAAGCGAGUAUUCGGAGAUAAACCUCGCAGAGUUCUUGCAGCAAUUCCUGAGACUCGCAACAACAUACCAAUGGCUAGACCUACUCCCACCGGAAACGACCUUUGUCUCGUGCCUGCUGGCAGCGAGAACGCAGAGCCUACUACCCGCGGUAUCAUCGAAGAGUACCAGGAGGAGAAAGACUACGAGAAGACUGGCAACGACGACGAGAGAACUCCCGUUUACUUGUCACCCAAGCCUGCCGGGUCAGCAGUGAAGACCGCACGCGUGUCGAACGCAAACAACCCUACCGUCGACUCAAGUGUACCCCGUGUUCCACCUAAGGCCAAACAACUGCUUGGCUCUCCCACGCACAACAGUGACUGGUAUUUCGGAAGAAACAGGCAGUCACCUCACCACUCGCAGUCUCACCCCCCUGGUAAUUCCGUCGACUCACUCAGACACAGCGCAUCGUCGAAAGUUGCCAAUCUUCUUACUCCCACCAAGAAUAAGAAACCCUCCACCUUUUCCACGAAUCCUCACGCAAACAUGGUCAAGGAUCCCGCCCCUGCAGGUAUGCGCCCAAACCAAGUUCAAGACCCUUCGCCCCUGAAGCAGUCUUUCGGACAUUCUCCCAUCAGCGCACGCAACAUGCUUGCGCAAUUCACUCCCGAGAAGCAAGCAGUUGCAGGUGCUUCUCCCAUCAGAAACCCUCGCAAGUCUGACGUUUCGACCGGCAUGUCGAAUGCUUUCUCCCCUCACAAAUCGAUUGCCUCUCCCAAGAAGUCGAUUGUUUCUCCCAAGGGAGACUUCUCUAUCAAGCGCGCCUUGUCCAAUGCCUUGACUCCUAAGCACAAGCGCGACAAGGGCCCUCCUGUCCCCGAGAAGGACACUCCUCCUGACUCCAGACUGUCAGCCAACAUCACCGACUUUAAUUGCAGACCCUCCGACGCUUACUCCGGCAACGCCUUCGCUGCUGCCAUCGAUGAUGACAACGAUGAGCCCCGAAACGAGUCCCCUCAGUCCAGCGAGACUAUCUUGGUCUGCAUGAGCGAUGAGUGCAGCCCUAUCAAGGUUGUCCCUUCCGGUGUCGCCAGACUUCAUCACAAGCCCCAUUCCAUCUUCAAGGGUGAGGCUGGUAUCAUGGAGGUGGAGCCGGAGCUCUUCCGCCAAAUUGAAGAGGAAUUUCAAACCCCUCCAAUUCCUACCAAUUUGAUCUACAGUCCGGCUACCGACCGCGGUACCUGGGAGUCCAACAAGAGUUCUACUGAGGAGGACGACGCCCCCGACUACUCCAUGGAGGGUCUGCUUCCCGGUGGUCUGCUUCCUGCCACUACCUACCAACCUCCUGAGAUCGAGGAGAAGCGCAAGGCAAAGCCGUGCAUCUACUCACCCAGCAUCUACAGCAAUAACGACGUGUUCCGCAACGACUCCUUCAACAACGCUGACAAGGAGUACAAGGUCACUACUCCUGUACCUCCCAACUCUCUCGAAAACUCACCAGCCUUCAAGGCUCAAGAGAUGAGACAGCUCGGCUAUGGCAUGGGCUACGCAGACAAGAUGCUGCCCGGUCCCCGCAUACAGCAGCCUAUCAAGUACAUCAAGACUGUGGAACCCAACGACUAUGUCUACAAGCCCGAGGAUCACAAGUUUAAGCGCAACGGAGCUGAGACUCCCGUUUUCACCCACGACUUUGCUGUGGACAACGCCCAGAAGCAUCAGUCGGCUAUCCGCAACUCUGUCUAUGCCGCAAAAGUCACACCUGACAAGGUCUACAACUUCGCCAACGGCACCUACGAGCACCCCAGUGCUGUUCCUCCCCCACUUCGUCGCACUAGCGGCGAAAGCUCCUCGCCUUCCCUGCGCGAACGUUAUAUGGAGAAGGACCAGGGUGGUUUGGGCAUCAACUUGAGCGAAGUCGGCUCGUUCAAGGACAACGACACCACCAUGGGGGUAGAUGGGGAUGCUGACGAUGAGAGAUCCCGCGAGAGCGAAUUUCUUAAGACUCCUCUCUCAAAUGCCUUCAACUCACUGUGGACUCCUCGCGUCAAGGCUGAGCGCGAGCGCAAGGACUUUGGCAAGUCACUUCGCAGUAUGAAUCAGCGUAUCAGCGAUCUUCACACCGAGAACGUCGAGCGCCUGGCCGACAUGACCAAGAAGAUGGAUCGCGCCAUCAAGUCUGACGGCAAAUUCCAAAUUCAACUCGACAACAUUCGCGAGUCUGUCGAUGCUAUCGGCAUUGCCUUCGUCCAGUUCGGCAUGGACGAUGAGAAGGUCCAAUUGAUCGCUGACAAGGUCAUCGACGCCCUUUAUCCAAUCAUCACCAAGGGUCAUGAGCAGAACAAGGCUGACACUGAGCGCAUCCUUGCUCGUGUCGACAAGUGUCACGACGAGAUGGCCAGAGAGUUCGACUCUCUCAAGAAGAAGAGUCGCAAGCUUCACGACCGCCUCGCCUCCCUCACCGAGCACAUCUGGUCCACCGCUCACCCUAAUGAGGAGCCUCGCGAGUACGCCAACAUGGCCGGCGACUACACCGACUACCACGACGACACCUGUUAG